AUGGCCAGAUCCUUGCCACUAGCAACGUCCUCUGAACCGCAUAUCGAAUGGCCUGUUCUUUCAAAGAAGCAGCAUUUGGAUAUCACGGUUCUCGAACCAGAUCAAAUACUCACGAGCUUCUUGACGCGCACCGAAUGCAGCAAUUUGAUUCGCUUGAUUGAUUCGCUUCCCCUUGAGCUGACACCUCCGCCCAAAAGAGGCGAAGCAACGAGAGUCAACCAGAGAGCUUCGAUCCAGUCUUCGUCGUUUGCAUCCACAUUAUUUGAUCUAAUCACACCGCAUCUACCCGAUAUAUCCUCGUUUCAAAAACACAUAACGCCUGCGCCAGUGCCCGUCCUUUGCAACUCCAACAUUAGGCUUUACAAGUACUCUGAAGGACAGUACUUUGGACAGCACUAUGACGAGAGCGUUCCUGGGCCAAUCUUGCCCAGUAAGGCGACCGUGGUGGAGCCGACCUCACCGGUUCCUCCUAAAGGGAACAAGAAAGCCAAAGCCAAGGCAACCCCCGUCAGAGGAAACCCCACAUGGAGUGAAUGGACGAUUCUCAUCUAUCUUUCUGGACAGGAAGACGGCGUUGUCGGUGGAGAGACCGUGUUUUACACAGAGGAUGGCGUCGGAAAGAACAAACGACAGCGUGAAAUUAUUGCACCCCUGUCUCGUGGAACGUUAUUGCUACAUCGACAUGGCAAAGAAUGCCUCUUGCACGAGGGACGGUUGGUCCAGAGGGGUACGAAAUAUGUCCUUCGUUCAGACUUGUUAUUUGGACAGCCGUAG